UCGCGCCCAGCUUCACAAUGGUUGAGAGAGGAGGAAGAAGAGGAAGAGGUAUAGACAGCGAAGCGGGUGCUGCCGCCGCUUCACAGUUCUUCUGUUGCCCCUUCUCCUCAGCUGCUCGUUUCUCCCUCAGGGACGCGCCAUGAACUCCUUCUUGGAGUACCUAGCACGGGGCGGGGACAGCUUGAGCUUGCCGGGGAAGUUUGGCGGCUCUGAGUCCGGCGGCGUGGCGCUGCGGCCGCCCUGUCCCCUGUCAGCAGGCGGGGAAGGCGCCUACGUAGGGCCGGCGGCAGGGAGUCUGCCUGACUUUUCACCGGGCGCGGCGCAACAACAGCAACAGCUAGCGCCCUGCGCGCUUGCGCCGAGCGCUUUCGCCUCUGCAGAGUACAGCUUGCUCCGUCCCGAGACGCCCUACGCAGCCCCUGAGGAGGCCGGUGUCCCCGUUCGCUACGCCACGUCCGUCUACUCGGGCAGCGGCGGCGCUUACCUGCAAAUGGACUACAGCGCGCUAAGCGAUACCUUCCAGCCUUGCGCCAAGGAUGCGCCUCCUCCGUCCGACGUCUGCCCCAAGGCCAGCUCCCAGGUUGCGCUCAGCACUUUCGAGUGGAUGAAAGUCAAGAGGAACGCGCCCCCUAAAAGCAAACUCUCCGUCUAUGGAUCUGCCAGCCCUCCUAGUGCUGUUAGGACCAAUUUCAGCACCAAGCAACUCACGGAGCUGGAGAAAGAGUUCCAUUUCAACAAGUACCUCACCCGGGCCCGGCGGGUAGAGAUAGCAAAUUCUCUGGGCCUUAAUGACACUCAGAGACUGGGCUGUGAUUCUAAACAAAUCUGUGCUUGCCGGAAACUUCCAGCGCAAACAGUGGAACUUUUACUAACUGCAGAACCUUGGCCUCAGAACGCUGCAUUGUAUCAGCCACUGAAAGAGGAACAAAUUUUGCUUUCCGACAAUGCAGCCUGUCUUGCUGUUCAGGCCUAUUUGCAAAUGUGCAAUCUGCCAGUCCAUGUGAUUUGUAGGGCAAAUGCGGAAUAUAUGUCCCCAUCUGGGAAAGUGCCCUUUAUUCAUGUAGGAAAUCAAGUUGUUUCUGAACUUGGCCCCAUUGUCCAGUUUGUUAAAGCCAAGGGCCAUUCACUUAGCGAUGGGUUGGAUGAAGUCCAAAAAGCUGAGAUGAAAGCCUACAUGGAAUUAGUCAAUAAUAUGCUUCUGACAGCAGAGCUGCAUCUUCAGUGGUGUGAUGAUGCUACAGUCCAGGAGAUUACUCACCCAAGAUAUGGAUCUCCUUAUCCUUGGCCUCUGAAUCAUAUUUUGGCCUAUCAGAAGCAAUGGGAAAUCCAACGUAAAAUGAAAGCUAUUGGGUGGGGCAGCAAGUCCCUUGACCAGGUGCUAGAAGAUGUAGAUCAGUGUUGCCAAGCCCUUUCUCAAAGGCUUGGGACACAACAGUAUUUCUUCAAUAAGAAGCCAACUGAAUUAGAUGCUUUGGUAUUUGGGCAUCUGUUCACAAUCCUUACUACCCAGCUGAUCAGUGAUGAAUUAUCUGAGAAAGUAAAAGGCUACAGUAACCUCAUUGCAUUUUGCAGAAGAAUAGAGCAGCACUACUUUGAGGGCCUUGAUAAAGACAGCCCAGCAAGUGUUCCAUCCCCAACGUUAAGACGAGCAUUGAUGAGCUGAAUGGUUUAUGGUUCUAGAAAAUUGGGAAAUCUGGGGAUUGAUUUUUGUGUUGCUUAAAACAGUAGAAUUGAGUUUAAAAACUGGAUUCACCACACACUUUCUGUUUGAAAACUGCCAAACUAUUCUAGCCCAAGAGAAUGUCCUUGUGACAAAUUCUACAAACACAUUGUCUUUAAGAUGAAAUGACUGGAAUUGGCUUCAUUAUAAUAUUAGCCUGCAUGCUGUUUUAAUACUACUCUAAAGUGUCCUUGAAACAAUACUGUAUCAGAAUUCAACAACAAUAAAAUUUAUGACAAGUCUGCAAA